UUGCCCUUGAUUGGACCUUGUUUGCCGUACAACUCUCCGCGGAUUGAACGCGAAACGCAUCACUCAGUCUCCAAAAGCCGACGUGUGAACAUCGCGCCUACAGCCUUCUCUCGGGAAACUAGCAGGCCUUCUAACGUUCGUCGUUUAAUCUACAACAACAACUCCACCGCUAAACAUGUCGAAGAUCGGAAUUAACGGAUUUGGCCGCAUCGGUCGUCUGGUGCUGCGCGCCGCCAUCACCAAGGGUGCGUCGGUGGUCGCCAUCAACGAUCCGUUCAUCGGCGUCGACUACAUGGUGUACCUGUUCAAGUACGACUCGACGCACGGUCGCUUCAAGGGCGAGGUGUCCGCCCAGGACGGCUGCCUGGUCGUGAACGGCCAGAAGAUUGCCGUGUUCCAGGAGCGCGACCCGAAGGCGAUCCCGUGGGGCAAGGCCGGCGCGGAGUACGUCGUCGAGUCGACCGGUGUGUUCACCACGACCGAGAAGGCGUCCGCCCAUCUGGAGGGUGGCGCCAAGAAGGUCAUCAUCUCGGCCCCGUCCGCCGAUGCGCCGAUGUUCGUCGUCGGCGUCAACCUGGACGCGUACGAGCCAUCGAUGAAGGUCGUGUCGAACGCGUCCUGCACCACCAACUGUCUCGCCCCGCUGGCCAAGGUCAUCAACGACAACUUCGGCAUCCUGGAGGGUCUGAUGACGACGGUGCACGCGACCACCGCCACCCAGAAGACGGUCGAUGGCCCCUCGGGCAAGCUGUGGCGUGAUGGCCGUGGUGCCGCCCAGAACAUCAUUCCGGCGGCGACCGGUGCCGCCAAGGCGGUGGGCAAGGUCAUCCCGGCCCUGAACGGCAAGCUGACCGGUAUGGCGUUCCGCGUCCCGACCCCGAACGUCUCGGUCGUCGAUCUGACCGUGCGCCUGUCCAAGCCGGCCACCUACGACCAGAUCAAGCAGAAGGUGAAGGAAGCCGCCAACGGACCGAUGAAGGGCAUCCUGGACUACACCGAGGAGGAGGUCGUGUCGACCGACUUCGUCGGCGACUGCCACUCGUCCAUCUUUGACGCGAAGGCUGGCAUCCAGCUGAGCGACACGUUCGUCAAGCUGAUCUCCUGGUACGACAACGAGUACGGCUACUCGAACCGCGUCGUCGAUCUGAUCAAGUACAUGCAGACCAAGGAUUAAGCUCCCUCGGUUGAUUGUGUGGUGUGGCGUGGUGCCGUUGCGAGACGAGUGAGUGAAGGGAGUAGUUGGAGCGGGAAAGGAACACUGCUGUUGCGUGCUGCGUUCGUAAUACGUUCGUGCUUAGGUGGACUAGGCGGAGGGGAUUGAUGCGGAGGAAGCGGAUUGAUGGAGGGAGACUGAGGCAGUACUGUUUAGGAUGGCUUGAUGGCAGGCCGAGACACGACGGCGGUCGACCAGUCCCAAUCUCAAACGUCGUUCUCUGACCGCUUACCUAGUGCAGGUAUCCUUUUGUCCAUCUUUGUGAGAUAGCUAGAAGGAUACGCUUGAUGUACCUAGUCGUGAGAGAAGAGAACGGAGCGAAAACGGGACGAAAUGCUCGAUCACCAUUUUCCAGAAUACUUCUACCGUCUUGGCCAUACGUUUAUCAAGCAUCCGGACAAAACAUCACGACACCAACCUCACCUCCCCCAGAAUUGCGCAUCCUUCCGUUUCUUCCAUUUCAUCCUCAUUCUGGCGGCUCCUUCCUUCGUGGUCCCGUUUUUCUUCCACCGGUUGGAGGAAGUGGGCACCACCGGUAUGCGAAGCAGAGCAGAAUGUUGGGACUGAAAUCGGCUGGAAGGACCGGGAUGAACAACAACCAACCAACGUACAACGCUCUAGAUCCGCUAACAGCGCGUAAUUUAUUAUAGUCGUCUCGGUUUAUGCAAACGAUUUAAGAUCGCUUCGUCGUUAUACAUACAUACUAUCUAUGUUGCAUGUAAUAAUGGAGAACAUUUCACAAACAUACACAUAGAGAACACACACACAGUACACAGACACACAUUACAUAGACGGACUUCAUACAGACGGCACUACACAGGAGAGUGAAUCAACCAACCAACCACCUCCCCCUCCAAAAUGUUCUGUUUAGUUGGUAAGGAUUAAUGAUAUAAAAGUAAAAAAACAAUAAAUUUAAACUGCUAAAGCGUUACUAGAACCAAA